AAUGCAGUCGUCGAAUGGAAUAAAAACUACAUUUCUCAGUACAACGUCUCAUGUUACCCGGAAGUACAGCUUAUAACCAGGAAAUUGUGGUUGCAUACGGAAGUGGCACGUAUAAUUAUGGCAACCGGGGCAGAUCAAGCUGUUGGCUUUGGACUUGUCAGCUUUAGUCUGUUGCUGUUUACAUACUACACCAUUUGGGUCAUAGUCUUGCCUUUUGUAGACAGUGACCAUGUGAUUCACAGCUAUUUUCUUCCACGUGAAUAUUCAGUCAUACUUCCUGGAGUGGCAGCAUUAAUUCUCAUACUUUUUGUUGGCACCUUCAUAGGGAUUGUAACAUGGAAGAUGCAAAAGCCUAAAAAAGUUGAUUAAGACUUUUCAGGUUGUAGUUAUUCAUCUGAUCACAAGAACAAAUGGUGUUGGAUUCACUCAUGUACCACUUCCUGCACAGAAUAAGAAUGUAUUCCAAAGCUUGCUGUUCUACGCCCUAGGCUCCUGUCAAUGUGUUAAUGAAUAUAAUUUCAUUAAAAAAUCAGGGCAGUACUAAACAUGUAGUUACAUAAUAGUCUACUGAGUAUUGCACAUCCAGAGGCUAUAAUCUUGAUUUAAGAGCAUACUAGUGAUGAGAUGCUUUGGAGAAUUUUUCUGUAGCCAGUGACGUAAAAGCAAAUAAUUAAUGAGAUAACAAUUUUAGCACCUAUUUGGGAAAGACGUGCGUGCAGUUGUAUCUGGAUAAAGCAUUAUGGGACUAGAGAUGUUUUGUCAUGCUUGUAGUUUAGGAACAAUUGAAGCCAUUGUUUAGUUAGAUGCAUCUUCGCAAAUGCUGUUCUCUUUGUAAAUAGACUUAAUUUUAAAGGAAGAAUGCUUGAAUGCAGUUGCUAAAUAAUUCUACGAUUAGAAUGCACACAUUUUUGUUAUAUCACACAUAAUCCAGCAUCAAAUUAAACAGGAAAUAUGUAAACCCUU